GGAACUUUCACUCCCCGGUCACCUGACCCGGCCCCGCCGGGGUCACGUGACCGCCUUUCCAUCGUCGCCAUUUUGAAGCGGGGGGCUACCGCAGAGAAGAAGGAGGAAGGAGAGCCGGGAUUACGGCCAUGAAUUCUGUCAGUUAGCAUGAGGAGAGAAUCCACAAGGAAGAUGCAAAGGCUCAACUGACAGCUGUUCUGAUGAACGAUGCUGUGCACUGGCACGUGGGAAUAUCAGCAAUAAUCACCUGUAAUAAUAGAGCAAAAGAGCAGCUAAGAAGAGAGUGGCGGCUGGCAAGACAAAAAAAUUGUCUCUGAACCCUUUCCCUUUUAAACCAUCUGUUAGACUGGCAAGAACCUGGUAUUAUGGAAGAAGGCAGUAACAUCAUUGCCCUAAUCUCAAAUCUGAGGGAACAGGAAGCCGUCCUGAUUUCCGAAGCCAUCGUAAACUCAUCCGCAGAGAACGCCGAUGAUCCGCUGAAGUGUAAACCUGAUCCUCUCAUCCAGGUCAUUCAGAAGCUGAGCAAAAUUGUCGAAAGUGAAAAGUCGCAGAAAUGUGUUUUAAUUGGGAAAAAACGCUUGUACCCUGACACCACCAACCUCCCAGAACUCCCAUCCAAAGCCCUGGAAUUGCCUGCUUUGGGCACAAUCAAUAUAGAAGACUAUUACACGAUGGACAGUCCUCCGCUGAGUAAAAAGAAGGUCCUUUGCUACCAAUGUAGUCUCUGCAAAUCCGUGUCGCCCACCCUUGCUCUCUUAAAGGAGCACAUCAAGCAACACGGUCAGCAGAACGAGGUCGUGCUUAUGUGUUCCAUGUGCAGUUUCACCACCCGGAGCGUAGAAGAUUUUGAAAGUCACGUUCGAAGUCACCCAGAGAACAACAGCAAAAUCCACACCACGUUGAAGGAACCGCAUUGCACCACCGGCCUGUCGAGUACCGUUUUGCCUGAGCCAGUAGAAAAAAUCACAAUCGGCACAGAUCAAGGGACGUCACCACCCCAAGUGCCCGAGAAGGGGAGGCGGAAAUGGUACACUUACGAGCAGUAUGGCAUGUACCGAUGCCUGAUUUGUAGCUACACUUGCGGACAGCAAAGAAUGUUGAAAACGCACGCUUGGAAGCACGCGGGAGAAGUGAAUUGCUCGUAUCCCAUAUUUGAGGAGGAAAAAGAACAAGCCACCUUGCCGGAUUCUGCCACGUUGGACACCGUCGUCCUUUCCCUAGAAAACAACGAGCAGGGACUAAGCAACAACCAGCCUGUUCAACUUCGCAUUUGUAGCCCCGAGCCGGUGGCCUUCAAAACUGAAGAACCUGUCAAGGAAGAAUCAGCCCUAAGUCAGGCAGCUGCGCUUUCACCUGCAGACAAAUUCCUAGAGGAGCCAAGGUCGCAUGAAGAUCUGGACCAAGACCAUUCGGGGGCCGACAGCUUGCUUUCUUCAGCCCAGAAAAUCAUUAACUGCAGCCCAAACAAAAAGGGCCACGUUAACGUCAUUGUGGAACGCCUGCCCAGCGCCAGAGAGCCCGUUUUGCAGAACGAAGCCAUGGAUAACGUCUUGCAUUAUUCCGUGGAUGCCGCCCCUGAACACCCUCCGGCUGGACGGGAUGUGUCGGGCGACAUUUAUCACAUGGAUAAGAAUUCGAUUGAAAUUGAAGAAGUUAUCAUUGGGUGGAGCAGCGCGGAAAAGGCAGAAGACAACCUGAAUCCCAGCCGAGCUAAAACGGCCAAUGAAAAUGCGCCAGCCGCCCGGAGGAGAACCAAUUCGGAGUCUCUGAGGCUGCACUCGCUAGCUGCCGAAGCCCUGGUUACCAUGCCAAUCAGAGCCGCGGAGCUUGCCCGAUCCAGCUUCCGGGCUUUCGCCGAUGUAAAUCCUUUAAGUUCGGAGGCUGGGCCGAGGCUUCCUGAGGGUAGCUACUUAGGCCAUUCGAAACGGCUUGCCUCCCUGAAGACGGAGGAAUUGAGUAGCCUGAACCAAGAGGAGCAAGCUUUCGUGGAACUGCAGAAGGACAAACCGGAGAUCUCCGAAGGCCCCAUCAAAAUGGGCAUCAGCAUGUCACUGCUGACAGUGAUUGAGAAACUGAAAGAGAGGACGGACCAAAAUGCCUCCGACGAGGACAUUUUGAAGGAGCUGCAGGAUAACGUUCAGUGCCAACCUUCAGGGGAUGCCAGCGUGUUGGGAAGUAGUCUGGUGGAAUAUAUCCCCGACGCGGAUCGGCCUUUCCGGUGUCGCUUAUGCCACUACAGCAGCGGCAACAAGGGCUACAUCAAGCAGCACUUGAGGGUCCACCGGCAGCGGCAGCCUUAUCAGUGUCCGAUUUGCGAGCACGUCGCCGACCACAGCAAGGAUCUAGAAAGUCACAUGAUCAACCACUGCAAAACCCGAAUGUACCAGUGUAAACAGUGCGAGGAUUCUUUUCAUUACAAGAGUCAGCUGCGCAGUCACGAAAGAGAGCAGCACAGUCUCCCCGAUACGUGUGCAACCCCGACGUUUGACGGGGCCUUAGUGGCCUGCAGUGAAGCAGAUGAAAGAGUUGGGGACAAGAUCUCAAUUCAGAAACUUUACCGUUGCGACAUUUGCGACUACACAAGUACAACGUAUGUUGGAGUGAGGAAUCACAGACGGAUUCACAACUCGGAUAAGCCCUACAGAUGCCGCGUCUGUGACUUCGCCACAACGAGUAUGAAUAGCUUGAAGUGUCAUAUGAGACGCCAUCCACAGGAGCAUCAGGCAGUGCAGUUAAUGGAGCAGUUCAAAUGUUCUCUCUGCGGAUAUGUGUGCAGCCACCCGCCUUCCCUAAAGUCUCACAUGUGGAAGCAUGCAAGUGAUGAAAAUUAUAAUUAUGAACAAGUGAAUAAAGCGAUUAACGAUGCAAUUUCACAAAGCAGCAGGCUACUGGGUCAGCUGCCUGGGAAGAAAGUAACCAAAACUUUGGACGAUGAUGCCAGUAGCUCCGAAGGCUUGUCUUUUUCAACUUCUCCUAAGCCGAUGGAGAAUAAAAUAAUGGGUUCAGACAACCAUCAGGAUCCAGCUUCUACCACCAAUACCUCAAGCAGUUCAGAGAAGGCUCCAGGCCAGUCCCACCUUGGCUCAGAAUACUGUGUUCUGCUCUUCUGCUGCUGUAUCUGUGGAUUUGAGUCCACCAGCAAAGAGAAUUUGUUGGACCAUAUGAAAGAACACGAAGGGGAAAUCAUCAACAUCAUUCUCAAUAAGGACCAGGCAGCAGCUCAAGGUAUAAAUUAAAUCAAGGUUUCUCCAUUUUGUUAACUUGAAGGAUGCGUGGACUUCAACUCCCAGAGUUCUCCAGAAAGCCCUGCUGGCUAAGGAUUUCUGGGAGUUGACGUCCGCGCAUCUUCAAAUUUGUCAAAGUGGGAAAACACUGAGCUAGACAAAGUUCCUUUCACUCCGGACCUCCAACUUGGCCUGAAAGACUUGCUAAAUCAAAGAACUUAGGAACAAGCCUGUAUGUAUGUGUACAUAUUUAUUUGCUCAAAGUGCAAGUCCCUCGUUCCUUCCUCCAUCUGAAGCCCUCUGUCAUUUUACAAGCUUUCGAAGAAACCGUAACGUGAAUAAUGCUGCGUUUACCGUAAAAAUCCAGAAGUUGUCUUCUGCCCACAGAACUAUUUUUUAACGCCUAUUAUUAACCCAAAUGAUAGUGACAGAGAGAAUUGACCGUGAGGAAUUAACAAAAAGGGAUUUAAUCUUUCUGCCUAGAAAUGCAUCUAGACAGCAUAAAAUCUGCUUCAGGUGAGUUUUAAAGAAAACCACCUUGCUACGACCAGCAAGCAGCCAUUUCUGAGGAUGGAAGCCUUUGUUCGUUCUUAGGCUUCCCGUCGCAACCGAUUGUUUUCUGGGCAAAAUUCUAGCUGCAUCAAGCAACAUAAAAUAAGUUCUGCCUCUGGGUAAAAUAUUUGGCUGCUUAAUUCUUUCCUUUGAUGCGAUAGAAAAGUAAGUAUGUCCUCGGGCCCUCUUUAGCAAAGUUUUUCAGUUCUACCUGUACAUAGGAUAAGCAGAUAUUGAUUAGUAUUUCAUUUCAGCAUGCAUAAUUUUAGAAGGGUCACAAGAGACAAGGUAAACUGUUAAUCUAACUCUGAAGCAGUGCAAUGAAAGGGAUCUCUCCCCUAUGUCUGUCUGUCUGUCUCUUUCUCCCUCUCCGCCUCUUCCUCUCAUCAAAUAACAUUUCAAAAUCUCUAUACAAAAAUCCAUUGCGACUCCAAUGAAAACCCUGGUAAAUUUAGCCCCCGAAAACAAACCGGUCCCUUCCAGUCUCAGGCAGCUUUUAAUUUGUUCCAUCAAAACGAGAGCAAAGGCUAAUUUCUUUUCGCCGCUUGCCCCUCCUUGCUGAUCUCUGGAAAAAAAAAAAAUCUCAGGAAGAUAAAAGACAUCCCUUGGUUUUGUGCGUACUGUCUAACACCUUGUGACAUUACCCUAUUAGGAUUUGGCAGGUGUUAACAACUUUCAUCUCUUAGCCCAGGGCUCUCCAUACUUGCUAACUUUAAGACUUAGGGAUCCCCACUCCCAGAAUUCCUCAGCCAGCCAUUCUGGCUGGGGAAUUCUGGGAGUUGAAGUCCACGAGUCUUGAAAGUUGCCAAGUUUGGAGAUCCCUGCUUUAUGCCUGGAUUUCUUUCUUUGGUUGUAACCGCCAGUGGGUUUCCAUGCUAAUUACACAGCCUCUUCUCAAUUCUACGCAGCCAGUGUUCUCUGUACGAAAUGCAGUUGAUGCUUCCUUUUAGCAGUUCUCUCUCAGCUCAUGUCACCCCCCCCCCCCAUUGUAUUUUCUUUCGAGUAGCUCAUUACUUAUAGUGGCUUCAUACGCAGUUUUGAAUUAUUUUGCCAGACAUGCAAGGUAUGUUCCUUGUCUAUUUAUUAAUCUAUUUAUAUUUGUAUUUUAGCAAAGUUAAGUUAAAACCUCACAGUUUUUUACGGUGCUACUUGAGUUGGGCGUCUCCUUCCCCUCCUUCAACUUCGUGUAAAUCAUUUUCAAACUUUAAAGGCUGAAUGCAGAACGGUUCUUGAAAGCAUUUCAUAUUACCCAAUGUAGAAUUCCUCCUUUUUGCAUUGUUUAAUCCUGUGUAUUGUUUCCUUCUAAAUUAUAUGCAGCAUUAUAUGAAAAGAGAGUAUUGUAAUAGUCUGGGGGGCGGUCCCCAAAUUUGCCGACUUUUAAGACUUACGGACUUCAACUCCCAGAAUUUCCCAGCCAGCGUGGUUGGCUGAGGAAUUCUGGGAGUUGAACUCCAGAAGUCUUAAAAUUGCCAAGUUCGGAGGCCCUUGUAUAGUACAAAUUUGAGAAAAGCCUACUGCCCACAGUUUCCUGGUACCCAUUCUUGCCAAAAGAAAAAGAAAAAUCAGAAAUAAAAAUGGCAGCUCUUUCCCUUGCCCAACUUUUUACUUUUAAAUGAGAUAUAAUCUUCUGCCAAGUUACCCAUUCUUGAUUUACAGAAAUAUGUCAGGUUAGAAUUACGGUUAGAUAGGAUGUAGAAUGUCAAGUUAUCCUUUAAGGCAGCGUUUCUCAACCACAAUAACUUUUAAGAUGCAUAGAUUUCAACUUCCAGAAUUUGGGGGAUUCUGGGAGAAGAAAUCCAUGCAUCUUAAAAGUUCCUGAGGUGGAGAAACUUUUUUUUAAGGAACAGAACAUCUAAGACUUUAAGACUGGCUGGCGGGGGGAUUCUGGGAGUUGAAGUCCACAAGUCUUCAAGUUGUCAAGGCUGGACACUCAUCUAAGGGGAAACUGAGGGAAUGUGUCCAUUUCAGGUUGCUGUACAGUAUUUGAUUUUCCCAGUCAAGAAAAUGGAAAUGAGACUGGUUAGAAUGGGUUUUAAGAUAAUGUCUUGAUAUUCAUUUUUCUAUUGACAUUUCAUCCUCCUCAUGCAUUUCUGAUGUGCUUGCAAAGAGGAAAUUUUUGGGUACUUCUUUAAGUAUCUGCACUCAUACUAAAAAGAUCAUUAUUUCAUCCCCUUUUGUUAGAAUAAACGAUCUGUUUAUUGUAACCUGAUUAGGCUCCGUUAUAAAUUACCUAGGUUAAAAUUUCAUUUUUAAUUUUCCUUUUCAAGCCAGGGUGGCUGUUCUUUGUAAAUUUUCAUUCUUCAUAAUAGAUCAUGCCUCUUUAGUACACUACAAGAAAAUUGUCAAAAUAUAAGCUUACAGUAUAUAACAGCAGUGAAGUUCCUAUUGAAGUUAGCUAUUAAUUUUUAGGCAUGUAAUUUUUUUUAAGAAAGCACAAGGAAUAAAUAAGUAUAUUUUCUGCAUGUAAUCUUUAACUCACACUGUUAAGUCCCAAAAAAUUAAAAAAAAAAAAUUAAGUGACUAGUCCGUACUAAAAGAGUGACAUUACCUUUAUUUGCACAAAAAGCCAACCAAUUUUAAACUGACAUUCAUCAAUCUUGAGUCUGAAAGGAGUUUAUUGAUCAUGUUACUUGGCUUAAGGGGGAAAAAUGUUGAGGUGUACCCUAUUUGGAUGUCAGUCAUUUCCUUUUUUUUUUUAAUCAAAAAGCACUUUUCAGAUAUAUAGCAUGUCUUCAUUUUUUAGAUAUUGGUAAGAUGAUGCUUAGACUCGCUAAUUAUACUGUAUGUUUUAAUUUAUGUAGGAGCUGAAUUCAGGGCUCUGAAUUAAAAAGUCAGCUUUAGUUUCCAGUUCUUGCGGAUACAGUUCCCGUUUAUAUUCCAAGCUGCAGUUAUUUAUAUACCCUUGUUAGGGAGCAGAGUUAGAAAACCACCUUAUUCCUUGGUAGCCUCCAGCUGUAUUCAAUGUAUUGUAUUGAAUACAUACUAUGCUAAAAAAAAAAUCAGCAUGCUUCAAUUCUUGUUGGAGCUAAUCAGCUGAACCACCCAGAUGUAAAACCCUGCCAACAACAGAGUAGAAGAAUAUGAGAGUGGUUGAAAUCACAUUUGCACUCACUGGAUAUUUGUGCACGACACGUAGUAUUUAGGUAAGGCGCACAUAAAACCCCUGUAGAAAGCAAGCCCGAAUUUGCAUUUUUUUCUAGUCUUUAUACAUGCAGAUAUUAUGCAAACGUGGCUUGAACCUUAGUGGAUGCGGAAGUAAACCAGACAUCUAGGAUAUGGGAAGCACCAGUGCAAUUCACUCUUUGCUUUCCUGUCUGAGUAGACUAAAACCUUAAGUCUGAGCUCAUUCCAUAUGAUUGCAUUAAACAGCUUACCUGGAAACAGAAUAUUAUAUUUAAUAGGGGCCUGCUUCCACAAUUAAGUAUGGCAUUAACAGCUUGGACAAUAGAGGCUAUUUUACAGCUUCACAUCGUAUCCUUCCCUUGAGAGACAGUGAAGUUACUGCCAGUUUCUGAAUUUUAAAGCUCUUAUUUAAUCACUAAAUAAAUGAAUAAAAUGUACAGUCGGUGCUCAAAGUAAUGUUAAAAUAUAUUUAAUAGACUUUUGCAUUUGAUAUUCAUGAGCAUGGAUACAUUUAUAUUUUUUUAAGAAAAAGAAUUGUAAUACGAUGGCACUGUUUUUUAUAGCCAAAGUAUAAAACGUAUCGAAAACUGACAUGUAGAAAACCGCAGAUCUUGGGGGGGUUUUUUCUCUCUCUCUCUCUCUCUUGCUAUAUCUUACUGAUAGGAUGGCUUAUUUUGUAAGAUCCGCACAUUAAACUGCAUGCCUUAAGCUCUCUUUAGAAUUGUCUUGUUUAGAAAUGAUGGGCGCAGGCUUUGUAGAGCUACUUUGACUACCUUACGAGAUACCGAACAACGUUAGAAUAAUUUAUUUUACUUUUACAGAAGUUUUGUCAUGUAUUGACUAAUUGUAUUUUGGUAAAUAAACUCCUUUGUUGAAUA